UAAAUGAAGUAUUUAAUUUGAACAAAAUUUCCCUCACUGUCUUAGCAGAAUAGGCAAAUAUCAGACACUGCGGAAAACAGCUAGUUAUCUACAUAAAAAACAAGAAGAGAUUCCUAUAACCUUUUUUAAUACGGGUAACAAUUUUUUUUUAGUUUGAAAAAUUUGACAGUGAAUAAACAUAUUUGACAGUGAACGUAAUGGUCCUGUCAGGUAACACUAAUUUAAGAAUAAAAUGGUCCAACUAAAGCAGGUGUCUUUGCGACUGAAGUCAAUUAAAAACAUUCAAAAAAUCACCAAAACCAUGAAGAUGGUCUCCGCAAGCAAGUUUACAAAAGCAGAGCGUGAGCUCCAAGCAGCUCGUCCUUUCGGCUACGGGCCCCGCAAGUUUUACGAGUCGAGCCACUUGGUGAAGGGUCCCGUAGACAAGAAACCAGCUGCCGAUGCUAAGCCUGAACCGGAGGUCGUCAAGCCCGAGGAUGAUAAAAAGACAAAAAGAGUCUACGUCGCCAUGACGUCGGAUCGAGGUCUCUGCGGCGGCGUGCACAGUGGAGUGGCGCGGCGCAUCAGGCGGGAGUUGACGGAACGCAAAGCGGAAAGUGCCUCGCACAAAUUGGUCUGUGUAGGUGAUAAGUCCCGAGGAGUUCUACGUAGGACCUAUGGUGAUAACAUGCUCAUCAACGUUAAAGAAAUCGGGCGCAUAGCGCCGGUGUUCGCAGACGCGUCGGUGAUAGCCGCAGCCAUCGCUGAAUCAAGAUACGGCUACGACAUAGGAGAAGUCUACUAUAACAAGUACUUCAGUCCCGUCAAGUACGAGUUAACAAUCGUGCCCUUCUUCAACAAGUUUCGCAUUGAGAACGCUCCGAACAUAUCAGCCUUUGAUGAGGUCGAGGAAGACCAGUUAGAGAGUUACGCGGAAUGGACGUUGGCGGCGCUGCUUUAUUACGCUCUGAAGCAAGGUGCUGCUUCGGAACAGUCCGCGCGGAUGGCGGCCAUGGAUAACGCCACUAAGAACGCCGAUGAGAUGAUCCGGAAACUGACACUGCUGUUUAAUCGCACCCGACAGGCCGUCAUCACAAGGGAACUUAUUGAAAUCAUCUCCGGGGCCGCCGCACUCAAUUGAGACCCUAGCGUAAGAAACGACGCCGACGCCAUAUUGGCAAUUGUGCAGUUCCGAAAUAGUUCGCUCAAAUAUUCAUUUAAUUUUGUUGACAUAAGCUUGUUUUUAUAUAAUUAUAAACAAUUUUCAUCGCCUGUUGUUGCAGCAAUAAAACGUCUAUAAUAAAGAUUUGGUUUUACGACUU